ACCCGACGCUCACUCACUCUUCUCCUCGCUGGGAUCCCUCCCGCUUUGGGCACCACAGUCAGAACAUGGCGAUUCUCCGGAUUAUACAUCAGCGAGGUCAAUGAGGUUAUCGAAUACCACCCCAUUCAUAAGAGCGACACAUUCUUGUCGAGGUCGUCACGCAGAGAGGUUCAGCGCGAUGUAUAGUAUAUAGGAAGCUUUCGGCUCGUGGAUGUACGUAGCUGAGAGAUAGACGCAACAAAUACGGGUGGUGCUGGUUUUGUGAAUGUACACCAGAUGAGGAUUCCACGGUAUUCAAGGACUCUGUGCGAUGCAAGCACUCCUAGUGAUGGAUAGGCCAUGUAUGUAGACUAGGAUGCCAUGUCGCACCAUGGAAGUGUGCGUGUGUGUGUGUGUGUGUGUGUGUGUAUUGCUCUGCUCUCAAAACGGAUACCUCAGUAGACAUACGAAGCAGGGUGCAUGUGUAUGUGUGUGUGCAUGGUCGCAAGUGGAGGGGGUGAGCGCAGACCUGACAGCAGCAAAGAGAGCACUGAGGGCAGAGACAAAUAAAUAAGC